AUGGGCGAAGGAAAAGGAUCAUCCCUAGUUCAUCUUCUAGUUAUCAUCUUAUUCUUAGUUGCUUUUGGUUUCGCCAUUGCCGCCGUAGCACUGUACUUUCUCUUUCUCUCAUCUAAAUUUGAACUGUUUAUGUUGAUUUCAUCUGUUGAAGGAGCCAUGGAACACUCGUACAGCUACUAUUCUGGUUAUAAUGUGAUAGACCAGGCUUCUGGAGCUUAUAUCUUCCAUCCUAAUGCCACAUUUCCAAUAAAAUCUCAAGGGCAGAUUGGACCUAUCCCUAUAGAUGAUGGUGUUGUGAAAGAAAUAACAACUCAGAUCACAAGUGCCUUGAAGACAAACAAAACAUUCUAUACGGAUUCUAACAGGAAAGACUUCAUUAAAAGGGUUCGUGAUUUCAGAACAGAUUGGGAGCUGCAAAUGAAUGAACCAGUUGCUGGAAAUUAUUACCCUAUGCUCAUUAUGAAGAUUCGUUGGCAGUUCAGGUGUCCUUUUUGUGAAGAACAAGAUAGAAAACUGGGGACAAAGAAAAGAAGUCAGGUUUAUUCAGAGGUGUUAUCGCUAAUUGAGUUAUGCAGAGUGCAGCUGAAAGUAGUUCAGUUGACGGGUGAACCAAGUUUCUCUGAAAUGGUGACAGCAUUGUCAGGGCCUCCUCGUAUCUUUGUUUCUACUCCAGCUUGUGUCCAAAGAUGUCUUUCAUCAGGUGUUCUUCAAGCAAAAUCCGUUCAUGAUUCUCUUUAA